AUGUGCAACCAGAAAUUAAAAUCCAAAAGAUGGACUCAUUGUUUCCUGAGUAAGACACACUUCACUGAGCAUGUGGUCAGUCCUCUGGUCUUUAGUCUCACCCAAGUUCCUCAUUGGCUGCAGACUGUGAGAACCUCCAGCAAACCCAGGACUCACACAUUCAUAUGGAGAUUAGAGAGUAUAAAUAGAGGAGAGAGUGAGAGAGAGCUCAGAACAGCUCAGAUCUUCUCCUCACAGAGAGCUAACAGAAGAAACACAGCCAUGGCUCCUACAAUCACUGCAUCAAUCAUCAACUCCAACCACCUUCUUCCACUUACUAAUAAGAUGAGAAAGCCGUUAGUGGAGAAGAUGCGUAGAGAACGCAUCAACAGCAGCAUCGAGAAGCUCAAGUCUCUGCUGGGUGGAGAAUUCCUAAAGCAACAGCCCGAUUCCAGACAGGAGAAAGCCGACAUCCUGGAGAUGACAGUUUAUUUCCUGAGACAGCAGCAGCAGCAGUCACACAAGAAGUCCAGCUGCUCCACUGCAGCUGAUGAAGGCUACAGCAGGUGUGUGCAGGAGGCCAUCAACUUCCUGUCUCAGUGUCAAGUACACACUCAGUCCCAGAGAAGACUGCUGAGCCACUUCCUCACCAUGCAGCCUUCCAUGGAGAAGAGCAGAAAUGUUCCUCAGCUCAGCUCUCCAGCCUGCCAGAUCAGCAGCAAAGAGGAGACUCCAAGCUGCAGUGGCCUCUGGAGACCCUGGUAGAGCCGCAUGGACACUUUACUAUUAGGAAACUAACUUACUAAUGCCACAUUGGCAUUAACUAUGUUUUCCUAAAUGUUUGAGAAUAUUUUUGUCCAAUUUUACAUGGACAGAAUAUGACAAGUUGCUUUCUUAUUGGAAAAGCGUGUGAAUUUGUGCCACAUUUGUACUAUGCAAGAUGAUUUGCUGCUUAUUUCAAAUAUUUUAAAACCUUGAAGUUCUUUCCUGGUUUUUAUAUGAAAAAUAUGACAAGUUGCUUUCAUUAGAGAUUUGUAAUUUUGAAUUACUGAGUUUCUAGAAACUAUACCACCUUCUUAUUAUGCAAGAAGAAUUAUUACACUUAUUGUGUUCAUUUACAAAACCCAUAUCGGGUGUAUAUGCUCUGUGUUUGCAGAAUGUUUGAAUUUUUAAGCAUUGAAACUUUUUCUAGUUUUUAUAUGACCUCACUUACUGUGUAAGAAAAUAUUUUCUAUCUGAAAGAGAACUAUUAUUUUGUUCCAACUUUUAUUCUAUGUCACUAAUCUGGACCUCUGAGGAUAAAAUGUCUGUGACAUUUCCUAAUCUAUUUGUACUCCAGUGGAGUGAGAUGAUAUACUUGUGAAAUUCUGUAGCAGAUAAAGCUUUUUAUUCCCACCAAAUGUUAUUUUGGUAUCUAUUGAAGCUGUACACUCUUUAAUGAGUUAAUUAUCCUGUUUAAAUCUUCAGACUGGAAGAGACUUUGCCUUCAGUGAAGGUCAUGGAUGUUAUGUUACUCCUUUAUGAGUACACAAAGAGAUACUGAAAAUA